AUGGACGAGCAAGAGGAAGCUAUGAAAAAGCUGACGCCAGUGCCCAAAGCUUUGAACAGUCGACUCAUCGCAUUGCAAGCCAUGCAGCUUAUCGCCCAAUCGAUCCUGCAGCUCAAGUACAUAGGUAAAGAGAUGGACAACUUGGUCUUCCUGGCAGGCCACUAUCAUACCGACGUACAGACCAUCCUUGAGACUACUCCACCCGACCAAUUUCUAACGAUCGUGGACCAACUCCGCAAACAAGCCAAAGAAAAACACCGUAGGUCUCCAGUUCUGGAACAGGCCAAAAAACACCUGCAAAGGAAUCCGGGAGAAAUAUCCGCCUUCAGACGCGCCUUAGAGGAAGCAAUUGAAGAAGAUAUCAUGGACGAAUUCGGCGACCGCAACGAGGUUGCACUUGCACACGGGCUCUUCACAUAA